AUGGCACCCCCCGAGCAGGAGCACGCGCUUGAGCACGAGACCGCGGAGGACCACCACCAGGAGCAGGACGCGGACUCGGAUGACGAGAUCCCAGCGCUGGAAGAAGCGCCUGACGCCGUUGACGCCGAGAAGGGCAAACACAACCGGUCGGAGAAGAAGUCGCGCAAAGCGAUGCUGAAGCUCGGCAUGAAACCCGUGGGCGGCAUCAUCCGCGUGACGAUCAAGAAGAACAAGAACAUGCUGUUUGUGAUCUCCAAGCCCGACGUGUUCAAGAGUCCUUCCAGCGAGUCGUACGUGGUCUUUGGCGAGGCCAAGAUCGAGGACCUGAAUGCUCAAGCGCAGUCAAUGGCCGCGCAACAGUUCAAAGCUCCUGCGGCGGACGCUGCAGCUGCCGAUGCUGGCGCUGCGCCUUCGUCUGUCGAGGAAGUGGCUGACGUAGACGAUGACGACGUGGACGACUCGGGCAUUGACGCCAAGGACAUCCAGCUGGUCAUGAGCCAAGCUGGGGUCAGCAAGGGCAAGGCCGUGGCUGCUCUGCGCUCGAACGACAAUGACAUUGUCAAUGCUAUCAUGGAGCUCACGAUGUAG